AUUCUCCUCUCUCUUUCGAUCUUACGCAGUUCUUUCGCGUUUCCUUCUCUGCUUUUUCAUUUUCUUUAAAGAAGUGUAGAUGGCGAAUGAUGGAGGACCUAACUGGGAUGGAUUGCUCAAAUGGAGCCUCUCUCAUUCCGAUGGAUCUUCCUCUUCUCGCCCUAUAUGUGAGGAAGAUCGACGAUGGUUUAUGGAAGCUAUGCAAGCACAUACAAUCGAUUCAAUAUCUCGUAUGAAAGUAAUUUCUCAAAUCAUGAAAACGCCUGAGCAAGUCUUGGAGGCUCAAGGCGUCACGCCUGAUGAUCUUGAAGGAAUGUUGGAUGAGCUACAAGAACACGUUGAGUCGAUCGAUUUGGCCAAUGAUCUUCACUCCAUUGGAGGUUUGGUCCCUCUCCUUAGCUAUCUCAAGAACUCUAAUGCGAAAAUUCGAGCAAAGUCGGCUGAUGUUUUAACCACGGUUGUCCAAAACAAUCCAAGAAGCCAGCAACUUGUUAUGGAAGCAAAUGGGUUAGAGCCAUUAUUAACCAACUUUGUUGCUGAUCCUGACAUUAGAGUUAGAACCAAGGCGCUCGGUGCUAUAUCUUCUCUUAUCCGUAACAACCAACCCGGUAUUACUGCAUUCCGUCUGGCAAAUGGUUACGCUGGCUUGCGAGACGCUUUGGUUUCUGAUACCAUUAGAUUCCAAAGGAAAGCCUUGAACUUGAUUCACUACCUUCUCCAAGAGAGCAACUCAGACUGUAAAAUCGUUAGAGAUCUUGGAUUCCCUCGCAUUAUGAUCCACCUAGCAUCAAAUCAAGACUUAGAAGUCCGGGAAUUCGCCCUUCGUGGUCUCCUAGAGCUCUCCCGUGAAGAAUCUGAGAGAAACCUUGACAGAGCAGAUGUGAAUCUAAGACAACUUCUUGAGGAGAGAAUAAGAAGAAUAAUAUUGAUGUCGGAGGAAGAUCUUUGUGCAGCUAGAGAAGAAAGACAGCUAGUGGAUAGUCUUUGGACCGUGUGUUAUGAUGAACCGUCCCAUCUAAGAGAGAGAGGCCUGGUUUACCUCCCUUCUGAUGACGAGCUGGCUCCUGAUGUGGUUAUGGACCACUUUGAACCUCCUCUAAGGGCUUGGGCUGCAAGACGACAUGAUGAAACGAGUGAACCCCCGGUUCCACUACUUCUUGGUCCUGCACCGUGAUUUUGUUGGGAAUUUAGGAAGAACCAAUCUAUAGGAUUUUUCAUAUAGCAACAAAA